GUAUAUAGGUGGUGCAGGUGCAGUACUGUGCGAGCUAUAGCUAGCUGCUCGCCUCGCCGUCCGGGCUCGCGCGCCAUUGGCACAGUGGAGUGGAGGUGGAGGUGGAGUCGAGCCGAGUGGAGCAGUGCAUGCGCGUGCUGCUGCUGCUCGCCAUCGUCUCUCUCUCUCUAUCCUGCGACUGCUCCAUCCACAUCUCUGUCUGUCUCCGCUUUAAAGCUGUCACCUUUUCCUCUCCUCUCUCUCUCUCUCUCCCGUGCUCUCCCCCUCUCCGUCUCCUCAAUUACGACGCCGCAACCAGCGAGACCCCCCCCCCCCAACCCUAGCAAGCACUACGGCGCGGGGCGCGGAGUAGAGCGGCAGUAGCUUCUCGCUGCCCUGCUCACCUGUCCGGCCCGCUCUCCCCUUCGAUCCGUCGCUUGCCGUGUCGUGCUGGGGCCAAUCCGAGCGUGGUGCGCGGCGGCGAUCGAUGGGUGGGUUUGGUGCCGGGGGGAGGCUGUGAGGGUGCCUCCGGCGGCGCUCCCCUCCGCGCCUGCCGGCGAGGGGGGAUCGGUUCCGGCUCAAAAGGGAUCUAGGCGAGCUGUAAGUUGAAGUGUGGGCUAAGAGCCGCGUUCAAAUUGUGUGAGAAGGGAACGAUUCAUUCGCAGGAGGCAGUGGACUCUACUCCUGUGUUUGUGCUUGCCUGGAUACUUUGCAAGUUUGCAUUGGUGAGGUAGCAAUGGCUGCGGCAGUGGCGAUGCGAGGGAGUAGCAGUGAUGGAGGUGGGUUUGAUAAGGUUUCUGGGAUGGACUCGGGUAAAUAUGUGCGCUACACGCCCGAGCAGGUGGAGGCGCUCGAGCGGGUGUACGCCGAUUGCCCCAAGCCAACCUCCUCGCGCAGACAGCAGCUGCUGCGUGAGUGCCCUAUACUUGCCAACAUUGAGCCAAAGCAGAUCAAGGUCUGGUUCCAGAAUAGAAGGUGCCGCGAUAAGCAGCGGAAGGAGUCUUCACGUCUUCAGGCUGUGAACAGAAAAUUGACUGCAAUGAACAAGCUUCUUAUGGAAGAGAAUGAGCGACUCCAGAAGCAGGUCUCCCAAUUGGUUCAUGAGAAUGCUCACAUGCGACAGCAGCUGCAGAAUACUCCGUUGGCAAAUGAUACAAGCUGUGAAUCAAAUGUGACUACCCCUCAAAACCCUCUAAGGGAUGCGAGUAACCCCUCUGGGCUCCUUUCUAUUGCAGAGGAGACCUUAACAGAGUUCCUCUCAAAGGCUACUGGUACAGCUAUUGAUUGGGUCCAGAUGCCUGGGAUGAAGCCUGGUCCGGAUUCGGUUGGUAUUGUGGCCAUUUCGCAUGGUUGCCGUGGUGUUGCUGCCCGUGCCUGUGGUUUGGUGAAUCUAGAGCCAACAAAAGUGGUGGAGAUAUUGAAAGAUCGUCCAUCUUGGUUCCGUGAUUGUCGAAACCUGGAAGUCUUUACAAUGUUUCCAGCAGGAAAUGGAGGAACAGUUGAACUUGUCUACACACAGUUGUAUGCUCCAACAACUUUAGUCCCUGCACGUGAUUUUUGGACGCUACGGUACACAACCACAAUGGAAGAUGGCAGCCUUGUGGUCUGUGAGAGAUCUUUAAGUGGUACGGGGGGAGGUCCAAGUGCAGCCUCUGCACAGCAAUAUGUGAGAGCAGAAAUGCUUCCAAGUGGAUAUCUAGUUCGCCCAUGUGAAGGUGGGGGGUCAAUUGUGCACAUAGUGGACCAUCUGGAUCUUGAGGCAUGGAGUGUGCCUGAGGUGCUUCGGCCGCUCUAUGAAUCUUCAAGGGUCGUUGCUCAGAAAAUGACUACUGCAGCCCUCCGGCACAUCAGACAAAUUGCUCAAGAAACAAGCGGGGAAGUUGUGUAUGCUUUGGGGAGGCAACCAGCAGUCCUACGGACUUUUAGUCAACGGCUGAGCAGAGGCUUUAAUGAUGCCAUUAGUGGUUUCAAUGAUGAUGGAUGGUCUAUAAUGGGUGGAGAUGGCGUUGAAGAUGUAGUCAUUGCUUGCAACUCAACUAAGAAAAUUAAAACUGGCAGCAAUGCUUGCAUUGCCUUUGGAGCCCCUGGAGGCAUUAUAUGUGCUAAGGCAUCGAUGUUACUGCAGAGUGUUCCUCCAGCAGUACUGGUUCGAUUUCUAAGGGAGCAUAGAUCUGAAUGGGCUGAUUACAAUAUUGAUGCAUAUUUGGCUUCAACACUGAAAACAAGUGCAUGUUCGCUUCCUGGGUUGCGGCCCAUGAGAUUUUCUGGGAGCCAAAUCAUCAUACCACUUGCCCACACAGUGGAGAAUGAGGAGAUUCUCGAAGUUGUUCGCCUUGAAGGUCAGCCUCUUACUCAUGAUGAAGCUCUUCUUUCAAGGGAUAUCCACCUGCUUCAGCUCUGCACUGGAAUAGAUGAGAAGUCUGUGGGAUCCUCCUUUCAGCUUGUCUUUGCACCAAUUGAUGAUUUCCCAGAUGAAACUCCGUUGAUUUCUUCUGGUUUCCGUGUUAUACCACUCGAUAUGAAAACAGAUGGAGCAUCCUCUGGUAGGACAUUAGAUUUGGCAUCUAGUCUUGAAGUAGGUUCAACCACAACUCAAGCCUCUGGAGAUGCAUCUCCAGAUGAUUGUAACAUGCGAUCUGUGCUGACGAUCGCAUUUCAAUUCCCUUAUGAGAUGCAUCUCCAAGACAGUGUUGCAGCUAUGGCUCGCCAAUAUGUUCGUAGCAUUGUUUCUGCCGUGCAAAGAGUGUCAAUGGCAAUCUCUCCCUCUCAAUCUGGUCUAAAUGCUGGACAGAGGAUAAUAUCUGGUUUUCCUGAAGCUCCAACUCUUGCUAGAUGGGUUUGCCAGAGCUAUCAUUAUCAUCUAGGGGUAGAGCUACUUAGUCAAUCAGACGGUGAUGCAGAACAGUUGUUGAAGAUGCUAUGGCAUUACCAAGAUGCUAUUUUGUGCUGCUCUUUCAAGGAAAAACCGGUGUUUACAUUUGCCAACAAGGCAGGUCUGGAUAUGCUAGAAACUUCCCUUGUCGCCUUACAAGACCUCACAUUGGACAGGAUCUUUGAUGAGCCUGGAAAAGAAGCAUUGUUCUCAAACAUCCCCAAAUUGAUGGAACAGGGCCAUGUCUACCUGCCAUCGGGCGUGUGCAUGUCAGGAAUGGGUCGGCAUGUUUCUUUCGAUCAGGCCGUGGCAUGGAAGGUGCUCGGCGAGGACAGCAAUGUCCAUUGCCUGGCCUUCUGUUUCGUCAACUGGUCCUUUGUGUGACCAUACACCAUCCAUUGUGAAGUGAAGAUUCAUUUUUGCUUGUUCAAGACGGGAGAAAACUGUGAUGUUAAUUAAAAAUCUUGUUUUGGACUAGAUCUAGACCUUGGGAAUCUAGUAGAAUUUGCGAAAAUUCUCGCAUAUGUAAAUCAAAUCUCGCUUCCAUUCUAUCAACUACCCCAGUACCGGGCAGGUGUUUUAGUUUUGGAAAAUUUGCAACCGUGUCAUUAUAAUUUUGCAAAGUUAAAAGUAUGUAACUGGAAUCUUAAUGACAUGUAGGGUCUACAUUAGUCAAUAAUACGUCGGCCAGAAUGAUAUAUCUAUGAUUUCGGGGGUUGCAUCAAUGUAAAAGACCAAACCUGCAGUGUCUAAACUGCAUUGGCAUUGACACUGGCAUGUUUCAUCCAAAAUGCAGUCCAUAUUUCGCUACUAAAUAUUGGCGUCGCCAUUUU